ACUGCAGCUGAUCGAUCUGUUUACGUUUUUACACUCUGAAGGUUUAUUGUUACAACCAUCCGAAACGCGUAAAACCCGAGCAUUUUGUCGUAUUUCACCAUUUUAUACGCUUCUUAUCAAGUCUUUUAAUCAGCUGGAAAGCCCUGAUCUAUAAACACAUUUCUUGUUUAGUGAACUGCCAACAGCAACUGAGCGAACCCUUUUCCUGUUAACGUGCUUUUGUUAGUUUUGUAUUUCUGGUUUGAAAGCCUCAGAUUUUGUCGAACUAAACAAACUUCGCAUACGCACCAUGAGGGUUCAAGGUGUUCCGGGUCAGAAUGCGCCAGACGGCGGCGCCGUCCCCGUUCCAGGAAGUAUGGCCAGAAGCGGAUGGGUCUAUCGUCAAAGUUCGAUUUUAAAGCACUGGAAAAAAGUCUGGCUGGUGCUGCAACAGACUGGAGAAUUGCAGUAUUACGAUGAGCCCAACAAAUCCAGAGCCAAGGAUGCUCUGUUUAUGCCAGACACACUGAGUGUUCAGACAGGACGUGAGUGCAAAUACUCGCCACCCAGUGGAAUGCCCGCCGAAUCCCUUUUCGCCAUCCGACCACGCCACGGCUCAGCGUGGCAUCUGUGUGCGGAAUCACAAGAUGACUGUGCCGCUUGGAAAAUCGCACUGGAACAGGCACGAACGGCUGCGCCACCGGCAGGAGUGCGCCGCACAGUAUCCACGUCGGCCAUCAAUGUUAUGCCCGCCGGGUAUUAUGCUUUCUCACCAGCACCAGAUGGGUUUUACCUUCCCACUGGCUACGUGUACCAAGUGGGUCCCGACAAUGUGACACGCGUGUAUUACGUGGAUCGACCGGGCUACUACUACUCCGGUCCGGACUAUUCCUUGGGUCUACUGGGAGGUGUUGCUGCCGGAGCCUUACUGGGUUCGGCGAUGUUGUGGCCACUUUCCUUUGGAUGCUGGUGAAAGAGAGGAUGCGCUAUCGCUGCCGAGGAAUUAUUCAUCUACCGAGGAAUUAAGCUGGAUCUAGUCACCUUUAUGCCAUAAACAUUCAAUAAUCGCCGACCUAGAAAGUCUAUUUGAAGUAGGGCAUUGAUUAUUGCGUUUUGUUGCCUGUGUAUGUUUGCAUGAACAGAAACUAUAAGGUACCUUCGCUAAUUAAUUCGCUCAAUUCGGUAAUUCGCUAAAUUGAAUUCUAAUUUAUGUUAUGAUAUUUUUUCGCACAUGUGAAUCUUAAGGAGAUUUGUUUUCAUGGAUGGCUUUGGGCAUGAACAACAUUUAUUGCUUAUGA